GUUUACAUCCCUCAAAAUGGUCUAUAGUAACAUAAGGUGUGUGUGUUUUGUGUGUUUCAGUGAGUGAUCUGAGGAUUGUUCUUCUGGGUAACAGCGUUUCUGAAACCAGCAGAGUGGGAAACUUCAUCUUAGGGAGAGAAGCAUUUGAUACUGAAGCUCCUUCAUCUGAUUUGGAGCAGUACUGUGAGAUAGUCAGAGGAAAACAGAUGACGGUCAUCAACACUCCUCUCCUGCUCAACCCAGAUCUCUCACUACUCCACAUCACACAGGGAGUGAGAGAGUGUGUGUAUCAGUCUGCUCCAGGACCUCAUGUGAUCGUUUUGGUCCUUAAUCAUGAGUGUUCAAGAGAAGAGGCAGUGUGUGUGGACAUAGUGCUCAGUGUUUUCUCUGAACUUGUGUUUGAACACACCAUAGUGCUCACCACACAGGAGCCAGAAAGAGUUGAGCUGAAUGAAGUCAAUGAUGUUGUAAAGGAAAUCAUAGACAAGUGCUUUAACCGACACUACAGACGGGGGAAAAACAGCACGUCUGCUGAUCUGAUAGCGGCACUAAAGGAAAUAGUUCAGAGGAAUGAUGGACGUCCUUUGACUUGUGACAAAUAUUUACAUUUCACUUCAGAAGGCACACUAGCAUUAAAGUUGGAAAAAAGUUGGAAAACACCAACUGGGAUCUGUCAGUCUGUUUACAGUGACCAUCUGAAAAUGUCAACCAAAACAACCAGACAAACUAUAGAGAAACAUCACAGAAGUGGGGGGAUUUUGAACAUUGCCCAUGAAAUAAAGCACAAGUGGAGCAGUAAAAUAGCAGAUGGCAGCAAUGAAACCUUGCCCAUCUUUAAACUCCAGCUGGAGGAAACAUGGAAGAACAGUGAAUAA